CAGGCGCUAAAGUAACGGAAAAGGAGAAGUUAAAUUAUAUGCUGCGAACGUUACCAGAGUCAAUGAGCUAUAUUGGAGACUUAGUGGACGUCUUGAAGGAAGAGGACCAGACAGUUGAAUACGUUAAAAGUAAGAUUCAAUUAUUGAAUGCAAAAACUGGAAAUGAAGAGGUAAAAUCAAAUGCAUUUCACACAGAAAGAAAAUUGAAUUCAAGAAAUCAGGAGCAAGUAUGUUAUCGAUGCGGCAAAGCAGGUCACUUCAAACGUGAUUGUAACCAGGGAAGAACAAGUAACAGAGGCACAUGGCAUCGUGGAAUACAUUUUCAAAGUAGCGACAGAGGUAAUGGAAAUAUGCAGCGUGGAGGCUAUAGCAAUGUACAGCGUGGAAAUUACGGCAACAUGCAGCAUGGAGGUUAUGGCAGCAGGCAACGUGGUCGAGGAGAGCAGCAUGGUUUUAGCAGCGGUCGGCAUCACAGCAAGCAAGGUUACCAUCAGAGUGAUCAUGGAAUGCAGCAGCAGCAACAACUGGGACACAUCGCCAUCGCUUGUCAUGGUAAUGAUGCAUGAUACCUAUACUAACAAAUCCAACCUUGCAUGAACUAUCGCAGCUAGUAAGCCACUACUGCUCUUACUACCCAUCCCACUGUCGCGGAGGUUUUUUCCCACGGCACGAGCCAUGGCACUUUUUUUCCUCUGCUCUUCAAAUCGCUACCCUCACUCGCGUUUCGUCCACUAUCUAUCACCUGAUGGACCGUGUUAAUGCGUAGCCUUACCCAGACGCACGGACAACAUCACAGCCCAGCCCAGCAUCCACUUACUAGACAACUAACAUGUUUACGGAGGUGACAGUAGAACUUUUGGUUUGGUCACCACAUUGGCGCGGGCGUGGAGGGGCCCCAUCUCUCUUUUAAAGUGCAAUAGACAGUCUUCGUGUGUCUUUUGUAAAGUGAACGUGAUUCAAAACACUAAGGUUGAUUCAGAAGUUGUUUCUUAUAUUUGUCACCGGUCUGGUAAGUUUGUGUCUAGAGGAAAAAACGUGUGAUGUCUUAAAUUGCAAGGUAGUAGUAAGAUUGAUGCACUGUGCCCUGCUAAGAUGAGAGUAGAUAUGAAAAAGAAUGGAACCUGCUGUGUGAAAUAUGUUUCAACCCAUGUUGGCCACAAAUCCGAGUUAUGUCAUCUGCAACUAACAAAAAGAGAAAGGGAAAGUAUUGCUGCAGAUAUAGCAAGUGGCAUACCAUUCUGUCAUAUUAGACAAAAUUCGAGAUACAGUUGUAGAUUCGAACUUGGAAAGUAUACAUUUGAUUACAAGACAGGAUCUACAUAAUAUAGAUCAGUCUUAUAAUUUGUCCUUCAAGUCAAUAAGACACCAUAAUGAUGCAAUAAGUGUAGAAGCAUGGGUAAAUGAAGUAAAUGGUGGAGACAGCCCUUGUGUGCUUUUCUAUAAACCACAGGAUGUAGUCCUUGAUUCGUACCCACAAUUAAAGCGCUCUGAUUUUGCAUUGAUAAUUAUGAACAAUGCUCAAGGCGAGAUAUUAAAGAAAUAUGGGAACGACUGCGUUUGUGUUGAUGGGACACAUGGUCCUAAUGGAUAUAAUUUUGAACUUAUAACUCUGCUAGUGAUAGACGAUCUGA